UGCCUCCUGAGGCGGCCCGGCAGGGAAGAUGGCGCCGUCCCACGUCCUGAAGUGUUGCCAGAAGGUGCUGGCCUGGGUGCCAGUGGCCUUCAUCGCCCUGGUCGUGGCCUGGUCCUACUACGCCUACGUGGUGGAGCUGUGUGUGUUUACUAUUUCUUCAACUGCAGAAAAAGUUGUCUACCUUGUGGUUUUUCAUCUGUCAUUUGUCAUGUUUGUAUGGUCCUAUUGGAAGACAAUUUUCACAUCUCCUGCAUCCCCCUCUAAUGAGUUUUGCUUGUCAAAAGCUGAUAAAGAACUAUAUGAGAAAGAAGAGAGACCAGAAUCCCAGCAGGAGAUUUUGAGAAGAGCUGCUAAAGACUUGCCUAUCUAUACGACAACAGCAUCGAGAGCAAUCAGAUACUGUGAUCGAUGCCAGCUAAUCAAACCUGACCGCUGCCACCACUGUUCUGCAUGUGACAUAUGUGUAUUAAAAAUGGACCACCAUUGUCCAUGGGUGAAUAAUUGUGUGGGAUUUUCUAACUACAAAUUCUUCCUCCUGUUUUUAAUGUAUUCCUUACUGUACUGUCUGUUUGUUGCUGCUACAGUCUUGCAGUACUUCAUAAAGUUUUGGACAAAUGAAUUGCCAGAUACCCAUGCAAAAUUCCACGUACUAUUCCUUUUCUUUGUGGCAGCCAUGUUCUUCAUCAGCAUACUGUCACUCUUCAGCUACCACUGCUGGCUAGUUGGCAAAAACAGAUCAACCAUAGAAACAUUCCGUGCACCCACAUUUCGAAAUGGCCCAGAUAAAAAUGGCUUUUCUCUUGGAUGCAGCAAAAAUCUGAGGGAGGUGUUUGGAGAUGAAAAGAAGUAUUGGCUACUCCCUAUCUUUACCAGUUUGGGCGAUGGGUGUAAUUUUCCAACUCGUUUGGUGAUUAUGGAUCCAGAGCAACUUACUGUCUCCAGCCAAAAUGAACCUGCCAAAAGCUCUGGAGCCAAUCAGUCUUUUCCUACUCGACCACUCAGUGAAUCACAAAAUCGAUUGCUAGCCAGUGACAGUCAGUGGGUGGAAAGUGGCCCUGAAGAGGAAAAUGUUAAAUCAGGUGCAAAAAAGCAUAUUAUAGUUUCAUUGGAAAGCUGAUCUCAGCUUAUUACUAACCAACCAUCUCAGUGAGAAACAGGUUUCUGCAACACAUUUUGUGCUUGAAUAUUACUUAAUUUUGUUUGGAAGAAGUUGAUCAGUAAAAAAUGGAACAUGAACAUUUUAAGAAGAGACAAAUUCAAGUUUCUGCACAGUUCAGUGGAUUCUGCACAGUACAAUGGAUUCUUGUAAGCACUAUUGCAGAGCAGGGAAGUUAAGACAGAUGCCUUAAGAUUCUUAAUGUGCGUUUAUGCAACACUGAAUUACAUACUGCUACCAAAGGGCCAAAUCCUGAAGUGCCCUGCUUGGAUGCACAAGGUCCAGAGUGGGAACUAUGCAUUUCCGUUAUGCUGCAGUGGUGGGGGUAGAUUUCAGAGACUCCUACCUCCCCACGGGCAAACUUCAUACCUUAGGCACUGCAGAAAUCACUUCCAUAGCAGGUCUCCAGGGUACAGAAAGAAAGAAAAGGGAGGGAAGAAAAAUCAACAUAGAGCGUGGCCAGUGAGUCUCAAGUGCGUCUGUAAAAGGUUCAAACACCAGCUGAUGUGGAAGGGACUGGAUGAUGUCUUCUCCCCUCUUCCUAUUAACCAGUCUACCCCAUGAUCAUAGCUCUCCAAGUCUUUCAGGACUGAGGAUUCCUUCUACUAGCUGUGCUUUGGAGCUAGGCAAUGCCAGCAGCGUAAAAGCCUUUUACUUGGGUGUUGCUUUUUUGCUGUAGGAUUGAGCCCUCUCAUCAUUUUAACUUUAUUUAUUUAACCAUAUCAAGAACAGAGCUCAAAGAAGCAAACUUGUUUUUUAGUUGAAAAAACAUGGAUUAUUACUUUCCAACAAUUGUCUAUCACUAUACAAAGAAAAGUCAGUCCAAAAAGGAAUUAACAAUUGUUACAUUUUCUGUUAAUGUCUGCAGCGUUCUGUAUGAGGCAGUAACAAAAUGGUAAAGUACCCCUGAGAAAAACCUUUUUCAGUUGUGUGUUGUUAGAAAAUGGAACUGGAAGAGUUCUGCUUUUUCUAUGGGACUCCUGAUGGUUUAUAAAUACUGUUUUACACUUUUAUUUUAUCUUUUUAAUAAAGGCACAAGUUUUUAUUGGUUCCAAAGUACCAUUUAAACAAGUAUCAAGUACUUAUGAGAAAAUUCGUGUCAGAUCAUAUAUCUGUGUUAACACACUGAAAAUUUGCAUGCUUUAGUCUGCCACUUUGAAGUCCAGUUUAAGUGAUGCUGAAGUUGCUAAAGAUUGAAUGCUUUGUGCAGUGAUGUACCUGUUCACAAAUGGCAAAAUGUGUUUUGGGUGUGAGGAAUAAAGUCCACCCUAAGCUCAAGACCUACAGCAAAUAACACGGGGUUUUUUUCCCCUCACUCCUCUCUAGAGAAGACUGCUAACUCAUCUUUGGGUGGUAUUGGAAUUCUACACCUGGAAAAAGUGACAAACACUAUUUUCCUGUCUGUAACUUUUCUGAUGUUCAGCUGAUGCUCAUUACAAAUAGACGUGAGCCCUUUUGAUACAGACUAAAGGUAGUAGCCGAGUUGAUGAUCUGGACCAAAAGAACCUGUUUGGUUUCUCUCCCAGAGUGAUUGCUACUUAAGUCAAAUAUGUUUAUGAUGGAGAUACUAAGGUAUCAAAUAUACUGUAAGGUUUAAAACAAGUAUUUUUUGGUUUUGGAAAGAAUAAAUUUUUCUUAAUCUUCUAGAACAAGAACGCUUUGAGAAACUUUGAACAUGAUUUGGUUGCUGUUGGAUGGAAGUAAUGGUCCAAACUUGCAUGUUUUAUAAAAGUUGCAGAAUGUUUCUUCAAACUUUGUACAAGAAACAUUGCAUUUGCUGAUUUCAAAUCUUACAAAAAUAUUUGCUACACAUUAAUCAGAAAGGUUUAGCUUUUUCUUCUCGAAUGUCAAGUGAGAAGUGUUCAUCUGAAUAUAAGCUCUCAGCAGUACUGCACCAGCAAAAUUUCUUGGGGAAGACAACAGAGACAGAAGACUGCAAGUUCAAAUGGCUCGUUCUGGAUACCAAAAUUUGCAGCCCUAAACACUGGUGGAACUGUAAUGGAGGGCCCAGGAUACCAUCAGGCGUUUGCUGCAUCAGUGUAUUACAGCUGAGAUAACACAUGCAUGCACAGUCAUUGUCUAGCAGAACUAUAAGCAAAAUCUAUGUCUCUAAUAUGGUAAAUAUCACGGAUUCAGCAAUAUGGUCUCUGCUUCUGCCCACCCCCCAAAGUGCUUGAUAUACCCCUAUCUGAAUGUAUAUAUACUGUAGGCUAACAUCAGUAUAACUUGUUUGGUUUCUUAAGUCAGGAUAGUUAAUCUACAGGAAAAACUGCAGUUAAACAGACUGGGCUAACUCCAUGUGUGUUCUCUAGCAAGGGCUGGUCUUCUGAAAACAGUUCUUUGUAUACCUGAUGGACAUUUUUGUGGCUAUUCAUGAAGAGCUGAUGUUUCUGACAUCUUUAUGUAGAUCAGGGAUACAUUUUGUCCCAGAUUUUCUCAUGUUUCAGAUGAGAAAAGGAGGAGAGCAGUGUACUUAGGACACUCUUGAGGCUAGAGUUAUUGUUGGUGUAAAAGCAGGCAUUACUGAAAAGUUAUUUUGACAAAUAUGAAAUGUAGUAAAAUGAUUCAAAUAUGAUUCUUCCAAAUUAAAAGGAAUUAAAAAGUUGGUGAGAACAAACAGCUGUUUGGCUGUUGAGUUGCAAGCAGACUUGGGUAUUGCUGCCAGCAGAGGCAGGGAGCUGUAGGGGUGCUCCAGGAAAUAGGUCCUUUUGGCCCAUGCACUGAAGAGCUGCAAACUUCCAGUGAAUGCAGCGAGAAGAGCAGCCCUGCCUGCUCAGGAGGUCAGAAGGGAGAUGGAUCCUGAGAAAACAACUGUUCAGGGUGCUGGGUCAUGUUGCACCUGCUGGGUUUGUGCUUUAACUUACUCUGUAUCAGCAAGUCUUGAAAAUACCUAGAUUGUCAGUAAAGGUAAGAGCCCUUAAGCUUUUAGAUCCAUCAAAAUAAUUACUAUUGCAAGCCAUAAAAAGUAUUGUAGUUACUCUAGGAUAGUUGACAUCAUUGGCUGGAAUUAGAAACUAUGCUGUAGUAUUUCUUACUGUUUUUUUCUUUUUAAAAAAUCCACAUACACAUAAGAGUCAUGCACGCAAAAUGACAUUUAACUCCCCAUGUGAGGACAGAAGCCUGACCUAGGGCAAGAUUUCAGUGUGAUUCCUCCUCGAGAUUUCUGAAAUGUCUUGAGAAGCUAAACCUGUCCUGGUGAAGAUGAGGCAAGGAGAUCCAUAAAUAGAAUACUUAAAACUACAGAGCUAGUAAUGUUGUUUUCUUUUGACGAUUUAUUCACAAGCUGUACAACAUACACGUCAUUGCUGCUCUUACCAAAGGCUUCGUAUGGGAAGAGGGUAGGAAGGGGUGUAGGUUUCUGUCAUAACUGAUUUCCUGCAGCAUGAUCCUGAGACUGUAGUGUCACAUCAUAAGCCUUUGAUGGAAAACUUCCACUUUAAAUAUUCAGAGGGUUAUUUUAGAGGGAGUUCAGGCGCUUUUAUUUUUAGUGAUUUGGGUAGAAAUUAUGGUAACAUUUUUGUUGAAGCUGGCCCUUGAGUGUGGAAUUUGCAGGUACCAAGCUACUUCUAGUAUGCUAUUCUUAGAAACUGGUCCUGUUCUCCAGAGUGCUAAAUGACAACAGUUUUCAGGUACUGUUUCUUCCCUCGUUUGAUCUUGUGUGGGUCUUCUGUGUUGCAGAUAAUCUGUUGGGGUUUGGAAGGUUUGGUUAAGUUCAAUACCAUUCAAUAUCCACUCAAUUAACUUCUUGAUCUACCUAAAGUAUGGUCCAGUUGUAGCUCACCAGAGCCCCAAGAGGAAGGGAAAAAAAGCAGUGUCUGCAGCAGCAUUAGUGUCUGGCAGAUUUACCAAGAGAUGCGUUGACUCUGACAUAAAUUAACCAGAUUUUCCUAGAUCUGGAGCACUGACUGACCAUAUUUAUUAAAAACUUACUUUAAAAAAACCCAAAAAAAACCUUUGAGCCUCAUAGUCUAUGUCUUCUGAGGAUGCCAUCUAAAAUUGUACAUAAUUGGGGGAUUCGGGUAUACAUUUACAGAGGCUCCAAACAGUAGCUACUUUAAGUGCAGAUCAAGAACACGUCUUUCACAGUACCUAAAAAAUAGCUAGGUAUGCAACGUCAGAGGCUCUUCUAGCCCUACAUGGCACCAAAGAGAGCAGCUGCAUAUAAAGUUAUGUUACAAUACUGAGCACAUUUACUACACUCAUUUCUAUCUAUUUAUUUUGUAUACAUAGACAGCUUUUUAUAUGCAUUUUUCUUAAUUACAUCACUGCCAUGAAAUGUAAUGAAGCUGCAAGUUGUAGUUAGUUUUAAUGCUGUUUAAAACUGGUGUUUGGCUGUUUGUUUUCUGCAGUAAUUACUUGAAUCGUUUCCAUUAGGUAGUAAAGUCUGAUAAUGUUUACAGGAUUGCUUUCUUUGGUUUUUGGGAGUUUCCCCAUCUUUCUUCCCAUCCCCUGCCCCAAGAAACAGAGAGCACAUGCUCAGCAGUCAAGCAGAUGUGUUGGGGAUGAAGUAUUGGGAUCACCUUUUUUUGCACCAAAGCAUUAAUGGUGACAUGCAGAUUCCCUUCUGUUUACAUUGCUUAGCUGACAACUUACUUACAUGCUUAGCACGUUUCUCUCUAAUUUCUCCUGUCCCUUAACCUGUUGCUAUCAAUCAUGAGCUUUAUUGUGAGAAACUUACAUCCUUCUGAACGGCAAUUUACAAUCAUAAAAAUAUCACAGAAAGAGGCAGCAUUCCUGUUGUGAAGUCUGCCCCCUCUCUCUUGUCCCCUUUUUAACUUAGAUGAAUUAAACAUCCCUGGGUUAUCUCUGCAGUUAUUUUUGUAUUUGCCACCAAGGGUCAUUUGCACUAAACACAAUGUCCCAGCUGUUCUACUUCCACAGUUAUUUUUAAUUGUGCUGCCUAAACUUGUAAUGAAUGAGCUGUAUUUAAAAGUUGGAGGUGAAGUGUAAAAGAUACAUGUAAUAAUGACGCAUUUAUUGUAUUUUUUGUAUGUUACAGAUGGGACUAGUCCUAUGCACAAACAUGUUGCCAUUUACAGUUUAAUACUUGAAGUAACUUUUUAAAAUGGGCUUUUAUAAAUUAAUUAAAUACAAAGUCACAUUACUUUGCCUGGAAUUUCCUUCAUGUUUUAAUUGUAUUGUGCAAUUUCCCCACAUGUAUACUUUUCCACAAGUUAUCUAAAGCCAUUUACAACCACUGAAAGUGCAUUCAAGAUUUUGUACAUCAGUGUUCAGACCUGUUCAUGCUUCUCUGAAGUAUAAUUCAUGUUUAAAUAAAAAGUUGUACCAUUUUAGGCCUCUUUUCCAAAGUGAUAAAAUGUGAAUGGAUUUGACAUUUGAAUUCAUCAGUGAAUGCAACAUCAACUUAAUAAAAGUAUGUGAAAGAAUUUGAAAAUUGCUUAGCUGUAACAUGCAUGUAUUAGAUCAGUGAGAAACACUGCCUACCUGAGCAACAUUUUGUAACUGUUCCACGGUUUUUACACUGCAGCUGCAACAAACCUAAGAUUACACCCACUCUUGACACAUCUUCCAGGUCACUUAGUCUUGAGAGGAGAAAUAAAAAAACCUCUGACUUG